AGGAGGUCGAGGAAAUAUAACUUGCAGAACAAUGAAAGAGAGACACAGAAAGAGAGAGCUGGAAAAGGCGAACUGAAGGAGGUCAGCAGUGUGAUCUUCACGUCUGAUCUUCAGCAUUAUGGCGUCCGCGGUGCCUCAGAAGCGGGUGGUGUCGUCUGUUUUCAUCACGCUGGCGUCUCCGUUCAGGGCGACCGUCACCCCGACCACUCCCGUCCACAACAGCCCCGUCAGAGACCUGCAGCCGGCCGUCGCACCGCUGCGCUCAUCAUUAGCAUCCUCACAGGACGGACCCAUCAUGAGCCCGUUAUAUGCCCGGUCCAGACCCCCUGCCACCCUUACCCAGAGCCCCUACAGGCUGGACGACACAGACAGACGCCAUGCAGAAGCGGUCGUUAGCAAUGACAUGCCCCUGCCUCCUCCCCCUGAUGACUUCCAUGAACCCUGUGACCCCCGUAACCCCCGGCAACCAGACGCCCCUGCAGAGGCGUGUGCAGGCAGUGACCUGAAGCAUCCUUCAUCAUCAUCAUCAUCAUCAUCAUCAUGGGGAUCUCAGGACAGAGAUGUGUGUGGAUUCUGUCGUAAGCCGGUGUUGUUGUCUGAACCCGCUAUAGAUGCUCUGAAUCGCAGUUAUCACGCCGCCUGCUUUCAGUGCCGCCAGUGUCACGCGCCUCUCGCCGCCAAACUCUAUUAUAAUAGCUCUGGUAUUCCACUGUGUGAGGACUGUUAUCAGGCCAGUCUGGAACCAUGCUGGGCAUGUGGUGAUGUCAUUAAAGAUCAUGUGAUCCGAGCUCUGGAACGAGCCUAUCACCCACCCUGUUUUGUGUGCACAACGUGCAGACAGCCAAUCGGAGAGCAGAGAUUUGCACAGGGUGAAGUGGGGGAGGUUUACUGUCUGCAGGAUUAUUACAGGAAAUAUUCCCCGCAGUGCAGUGCAUGCGGUCAGAUGAUAAUCCCGCGUGUGGAUGGAACAGACAGCUACACCGUGGAGUGUUUGGGUCACUCGUACCAUGAGGACUGUUACCGCUGUCAGGUGUGUAAAGUUCUUCUGUCUCCGGAGCCCAAUGAGAACGGCUGUUACCCUCUGGAGGGUCAGAUUCUCUGUAAACGCUGUCAUUUCACCCUCAUCCACAACACACAGCAUUAAAUGCCACAUUGGAAUGAUUAUAAAUACUUGUUUAUUUUUAUAACGUUUUCUAAUUGUUUAACAUAACCCACUGUAUCAAUGUAUUCGACCUGUAUAUCAAUCUGAUGUUUUUGCACUUACUGAACAUGAACAAUACCCGCCAAAGACUGGCUCCAAAAUUCAUGUUCCAAAUAAACUAAUAUAUGUGCACGGCU